AUGCAAUCGAAAAGGCUAUUACCUACAUAUGAAGCAGUAUUCUAUUUUAAUACAUAUCUAGUAAACAAGCUUGAACAAUUAUUGGAACAAAAAUCAGUGUCUGAAAAAGAGAGUGAAAAGGAAGAAACUAAGAUGGAAGCCAUGGAAGAUGAGAGUGAAACCGAAGACCCGGCUUAUGAGGUGGAAGAUGCUGAGGUGGAUAGUGAGGCUGAAGAAGAAGAAAUAGAAGAAGAAAGUUCAGGGUAAGUAUUUUAUAUUAUUGUGGUAAAAAUAUAGAUUUUACACAACAUUGACCACACUGAUUAGUACCAUUGUUUUAGCCACUCAAAGGGAAUUUGUUAUUCGUAUCUUUGCACCAUCAUGGCAGAAUAUAUGUACCAAAGUCAUGAUCAUAAUUUAGUACUUUUUAUACUUGUGAUAGGUUAUUGCAAGUCGACGGCAAUCUGCGAACAGAACCAAAACGCAUUGUGUUUUUGUCACAGCUUCUGUUGCUUUUCAACUUUUGCCAUUGUUGUAAAGCUGACAAUCCAUUAGUUGAGGCAAAAGGUGUUGGAACUGAACGUAGUUACUAAAACAUGGAACGAGCCACAACGAGCCACUACGACCCACAACGACCCCACAACGAACCCACUACGAGCCACUACAACCCCACAACGAUCCACUACGACCCCACAAUGAUCCACUACGACCCCACAACGAUCCACUACGACCCCACAACAACCCACAACGAGCCCAUGACGAGCCACGACGACCAAAACACCAGCCACAACAAUCCACAUGUUCACAACAAUCCAACAACAAUCUCUGCAUGCGCAAGUGAGUCGUUGUGGGUCGUUGUGAGUCGUUGUUGGGUCAUAGUGGGGUUGUUGUGGAUCAUUGUGGGGUCGUUGUGGGGUCAUUGUGGGCUCGUUGUGGGUCGUUCCAUGUAGUAACUACGUGGAACUGAAGCAGUUGUCACCACUACAUGCAACAACCCAAAGUGCCCACAGAAGACUGCAAUUUGGCAUAGCCAACGUAGAAUGCCUGGACGUAGAACACCUGCUGGUAAUUUCCUUUUGUGUAUGGCAGUUUUACUUGGUGGUGGCUCUUACACUAAAUUAUGGCAAAUAUUUCUGCACAUGGGUCUUGGAUGUAUUUCACAUAAUACAUACUUCCAUUAUCAGAGAGUAAGUACAGUAUAUGCUAAACAGACUUAUUUAUCUAGUACAUUAUGGUUGCACUUUUCACUCAACCCUUUUCAGUGAAUAGUUUGGGAGUAUUGCAGAAUUGCUUGAAAUUUGCCCUGAUCAUGAGAGUUUUGGUUUAAAAUAUAUCUGAAGUAAUUUAAAUUAUGUUUUAGACUGUGAAUUUCCAACCAUCUAUCUACACUGGAAAGAAGUACCAGGCAAUGUUGAUGGAGAAGGCCAAACAAGUGAAAGAUGGUGUAGUGAUAGCAGGGGAUGGUCGCCAUGGCAGCAUGGGACAUUCGGCCAAGUUUUGUGCAAUAUACAAUUUUUUGUUGUACGUUUGCACAAAUCAUACAUUUCAAUCUUGUACAGGUACAGUAGGAAUUAUUUUGCAGGCUGCUUAUUAGAAUCUGCAUUAUGCAAUCGGAAAAUGAUGAUAUAUAAAGUUCUUACACUCACCAGUGAAUUGAUACAUGUACUUAUUGCAGCUCUGUUUUUCACUCAAGGCAUAUGGCCUUACCAUAACAACAUUUAUAUCAGACACUUCCAUUGCAAAGCACAUGCGGACAGUCCUGAAGAACAUUGUCCAUUAUUUUGACAUCUGGCACUUGAAGAAAAGUAAGAGCAAUUCCUACCCAUAACAUGUACAAUUUGCUAUGUAAUGCACAUGCUUAUUAUUUGUGGGCUCUCAUUACAAGAGGCCUGGACAUUAGCUUUGUUUACUUUUUAUUCUUGACUUAUCAUCAUAGAUAGGACUCAUUGUAGCUCAUCCAUUUCAUUAAUUAAGUUCUCAUGCUGUCAUGCACUCACAAAUUACCAAAAUAAUGAGAAAAUGCACACAACAAUAACAAGUGAGCAAAGCUAGUGUCCAGGCCUCUUAUAUCAGAGAAUAAUCAGAGCCCACUGAACUAUAAACAUUACUGAAUAACUAAUGAUGUAAUAUAUUAUGCAAUAUGCACUAUAUAUUGUUAUUGUUUAUAUUAAAACUCAUACAGGGUAUCACCAUAUGUCUAGCAAAGUAAUCUCAUAUGCCCCAGAAAGUAUUGUGAGAGGGGGAUCUGUUUACAAAUAAGUGCUCCAAUUCUUAUUUUCCUGCAUUUUGUAUUCAUUUUUUUCUCACAGAAAUUUGGAAGGUGCUUUCAAAAAUAGCCAAAGAGAAAGACUGUGAGGCAGUAAACGAGUGGAUCAAACCAUGUGAAAACCACCUGCACUGGAAUGCCACCUUGACAUUCAGUGGAAACGGGCUGGUCAUAUGGGCUAAGUUCAAGUCCUUUUUGAGGCACUUUGUGAACAUCCAUUCAGGUCACAGUGAUCCUUGUUUGAUAAAUGUGCCCAUGGCAGUGACAUUGAAGCUAGAAAGUGGCUGACCAUUGGUAUGUUAUUGAAGUAUGUGCAUGACCAAAAGUACUUGUAUUCAAUGUAUAUUUAUUAUCAUGCAGGUAAAAUGUAACCAGUUCCAAAUUCAGUUGGAGUUGUGGUUGGAAGGCCCAUCAGACCUAUCUAAACUCUAUUAUCCAGGAUCACUCUACUACAGUACAUGCAUGAAUAGAUAUCUGAUGCAGUUCAUGUUUUUUUCUAUAGAUUCACCACUUCAUAAGAAAGUUUGUACUGCACUGACAAACACACGACUGAUGAAAGGGAUCAAGAAAGCGUCUCCGUUAGCACAGACAAGCUGCUUAGAGGGCUUCCACAGCGUGUUAAAUCACUUUGCCCCAAAGAUGAUUGCAUACUGUUAUGUUGGACAAUACUGCAGGUUAGAAACUUAACUAAAGUCAUAUUUAUACUCUAUUAUAACUUAUUCUAUAAUUCUCUAUUUCAUCAGUAAAGCUAAUUACAGGAAGAUAGCAAAUUACAGGAAGACAAUAAAGUAAUUGUCCUGUUGUGGUUUUGUAGGCAUAUUCUAGCUGUCAUUCAUUUUAAUUUCAACCUCCGAAGAGAAAUGAAAAGAAACGAUUCAGACGGUUCAGAAAGAGUGAAGAUCAGCUAUCCAAAAUUUAAGAAUGGUGAGGCAACAGUUCGGAAUGUUAGAGUUGCACAGAACUUCGGUAAGUUUUUGUUGAUGUGCACAUAGCAAUCGUGCCCCUUUCAUUUAUUUAUUACAUCACACCUCUUCUUUCAGCAUAUAUACAAGAAAUAUAUGAGACAUUCGAAUUGAGUAGCAAAGCCGACCUGAAAGGUGCAGCUGUAAAGCUGAAAGAAAUGUGCCCACCCCCAAUGAACACAAUGCUCUCCAAGCAAACAAAGAGAGAAGCAUUGAAAAAGAGAUCUGACAGGAGUCAAAUUGUCAUCCAAGAUGUUCCACCCACUACUUCAG